AUGUCUGAUCCUGUCACUCAUAUUUCUUGCCCAAGAAUAGGUCCCAUAUCUUUGCAGUGGACAUCCCUUGUACCUUCGUCAGUGUCAGGCAUAGAAGGAUCUAACAUUGAUUCAAGCUUGUAUACUGGUGCUCUGUUUUGGCCAAGAGAAGAAGUCACAUGUUUUAAGCAUGUAUGUGCCACACCUAAGAUUAAGUUGUAUAUUCCCUUGAAUAAGCUUCCUUCAAUUGUUGAAUCCGACCUUCCUUCUCCAUUGACUUGGCCUUGGCUCGUCUUGAAAUACACUGAAGGCCUUUGCUGGGUGAUGCACUACUAUUAUGAAGGUGUUUGUUCUUGGAAUUGGUUUUAUCCAUAUCACUAUGCCCCCUUUGCCUCUGAUCUCAAGGGCCUUGGUGAACUUGAUAUUAGCUUUAAGCUGGGAACCCCAUUCAAACCAUUUGACCAGCUUCUAGGGGUCUUUCCUGCUGCAAGCUCUCAUGCACUUCCUGAGCCAUAUAGAAGACUUAUGACAGAUCCAAACUCACCAAUCAUUGAUUUUUAUCCUAUUGACUUUGAAGUUGACAUGAAUGGAAAACGCUUUGCAUGGCAGGGUAUUGCUAAGUUGCCUUUUAUUGAUGAAGUGCGUCUUCUUGCAGAAGUUCGAAAGAUUGAAAAUUUUUUAACACCUGAGGAAAAGCGACGGAAUGCUAUAAUGUUCGACUUGCUCUUUGUGAAUUCUUGUCAUCCUCUCUCUGUGUGCAUAAGUACACUUGACAACAAGUGUAAAAACAUGUCAAACAGUGAGAGGGCUGUGGUCAAGGAAAAAAUCAAUCCUAAAGAAAGUGGUGGAAUGAAUGGAUACAUAUCCUUAUGUGGUGGAGAACCUUGCCCUCCUAUCUUUAGGUCUCCUGUUACAAGCAUGGAAGACAUCAUGGACAAUCAAGUUAUAUGUGCAAUAUAUAGACUCCCAGAUGCACAUAAACACAUUACCCGACCACCACAAGGAGUUAAAUUUCCAAAAAAGACUGUUACCAUUGGAGAUCUAAAACCUGAACCUGUUUUAUGGCAUGAAGAUUCAGGAAGGAGACACCAUGCUGAAAAUGGGAGGAAAAACCCCCCAGGAUCUUCUUCCGGUCGGGAGCUUGGAGAGGCUGCACACAGACUCAUUGUCAAUUCCUUACAGGUAAAGGUUGAUAAUGGCUACCACCACGCACAUAAUGGACCUCCUAUAUCUUAUCCUGCACCAAUGGGUCAUCGACCACCAGUGUCUUCCUAUGGUUAUGAAUCACACCCAGGAUACGUUGCAAUGCCACCUCAUGUUUCUGCUCCCUCACUCCAAGGCAGACCCCAGAUUACGCCUUACGGUGCUGUCCCUACUGCUCAGCAGUAUGGUUACAAUCAACCAUACCUGCCGCCACCAGUGGCAUACAAUCCUCGUCAGCAAUCAAAUUCUUACGAAAGAAAUGACUAUCAACAUUCUAGAUCACAUCAUUAUGAAAGAAAUCACCAUCAGGGUAGUGGGGGUAGUUUAAGGCAUGGAUAUCAAUCGUCAGGAAUUAAUCAGAAUAACAGGUUUAUGAAUAAUACACAAGGUGCAUAUGUCAGUCACCAUCAUGAAGUUAGUCACCACAGCCAAAACUUCCAACCAUCUCGAAUUCAUCAGAAUUGGACUCCACGAAACAACCCGAGUGGAAGCAGGGAAUAUGGUCAUCAGUCGUCCAAUCAAUUUGCAUCAUUAGAUAGAAGAGGAAACAGGAAUCCAAUGCCUCCACCUGGUUACGAUCGCCAAUAA